AUGCCAACUCACACACGAGAAUCCUUUUCCCCCUAUGAGACAGCUGAACUCCGUCUGUCACCAGCAGGCCCAGUGCUGUGUAAACCGUCGAUGAUCAAAGAAGCCAAAAUUCCACCGAUGGGACCAGACCCUAAGCCAUGUGUUGAUCCAAUGAGUUUUCCUGUUCCCUUCACCAAAUCUGAAAGAGAUUUAAAACCUUCAGGCAUUGAAUGGAGGCUAGAUAAACAUUUUCAGGUCCUAGGCUUGUUGAAGUAUCUGGUGAUAGAUAACAAAGAUAAUGAAAAUCUGUACCAAGCAGUCAAAUGUUUAGAUCCUUUUCCUGAAUAUCCUGCUUUUAAAGAUUUGCGAGCAACUCAACAGAAGAUAAAGUACAGUAAAGGACCGUAUUCUCUUUUGGAGGAAAUUAAUCACUUUCUCUCAGUUGGUGUUUGUGAUUCACUGCCCUUAACACGACUUGAAGGACUGUACGAUUUACGCAAACAAUUGGAACAAUAUAAAGAUCAGAUGAAGGAUCUCCUGAAGAAUUUCCAGGAAAAACCAGAAGAUUCUGUAGUAGUGAAAUUGGUGGUGAGCUUACUGCAGCUGUCCAAGAUGGCAGUUAACCAUGCAGGUGAAAAAGCAGUGCUGGAGGCUGUUGGAAGUUGCUUGGGAGAAAUAGGUCCCAUGGAUUUCUCUACCAUAGCUCUUCAGCGUGCUGAAAAUGCACUGGAUUCUAAAGCAGUGGACUUACUUGAAGAUAGAAAACUUCAGUGGGUCUUCAUAAUGUUAACUCAAAUAAAUACUGCUUUAACAGAUAAUUGUAUUGAUGUUAGAGCUGCUGCUGUUUCCUGUUUGAAAAACGUAUUAGCCACCAAGUCUGGCAGUGAAUUUUGGGAAGUUUAUAAAAAUAAAGCUGAUCCCAUGUUAAUCUAUCUACAGCCCUUCAGAAUGUCUAGGAAAAAGUUUUUUGUAGUAGCUGCUAAUGAUACAGAGGCUUCUUUAGAAACUUUGGAUGACACAAACCUGUGGAUUCCUCUGGGCGAAAGUCAUGAGACCUGGAUCAAGCGCCUAACUAGUUCAAUACUGGACAGUGGAGGUGUGCAAAAUGAAGUUCUCCAGUUAAUGAAGCCGCUAUGUGAGGUGAAAACAGACUUGUGUCAAACUUUGCUUCCAUACCUGAUUCAUGAUAUCCUUCUUAAUGACUCAGAUGAAUCUUGGAGAAAUCUUUUGUCAGCUCAUAUCCAGAAGUUUUUUACAGCCUGUUGCAGGUUUGCCUCAUCUAGUAGAUCUACUACACCUCCAAAUUCCGAUUCAGAGCAAGAAACCCAUAAUUUUAGAAGUUUGGAUAAAGUAUCUCGACGAGCCAUGCUUGCAGUUGUUGAUUACUUAAGAAGACAAAAGAGAUCUGUUUCAGGUACAGUUUUUGAUGACAGCUUCUGGUUAGAUCUGAAUUAUCUUGAGGUUGCUAUAGCAGCACAGUCUUGUGCUGCUCACUUCACAGCCUUGCUCUACGCAGAGAUCUACGCAGACAAGAUAAAUAUAGACAAACAGCAAGAAAGUUUGACAUUUGAAGAAGAAAGUCAAAGAACAACUAUUACUAUUUUGAAUGAAAAAAGUAAAGAAGAAACUGGCAUAAGUUUACAGGACCUUCUCAUGGACAUAUAUAGAAGCAUUGGAGAACCUGACAGUCUCUAUGGCUGCGGUGGAGGAAGAAUGUUACAGCCAUUAGCACGGAUAAGAACAUAUGAGCAUGAAGCAGUAUGGGAGAAAGCCCUUGUAACAUAUGACCUUGAGGCAAGCCUCUCUCCAUCUACUCGCCAGGCAGGAAUAAUAGAGGCUUUGCAGAAUUUUACUCUUUCCAUGUAUUUAAAAGGACUGGAACAUGAAAACACUGAGUGGUGUACGGAACUGCAGGAAAUACGCUACCAGGCAGCAUGGAGGAAUAUGCAGUGGGGCAACAUCUCUUCUGUCAAAGAUGAGACAGGAAGACCAGGGUACCAUGAAUCGUUGUAUGAUGCUCUUCAGUCUUUACGAGAUAAGGAAUUCUCUGCUUUCUAUGACAGUCUUAAAGAUGCCAGGGUGAAUGAAGUAGAAGAGCUGUGCAAAGGUAGUCUUGAGUCUGUUUAUUCAUUAUAUCCAACUCUUUGCAGACUACAGCUAAUUGGAGAGUUGGAAAAUAUAGGUCUGCUGUUCUCCAGAUCUGUCACUACUCAACAACUGCAUGAUAUUUAUUUGAAAUGGCAGAGACAGUCCCAGCUUCUCAAGGACAGUGACUUCCGUUUCCAGGAACCUGUCAUGGCUCUGCGCACUGUUAUUUUGGAGAUCUUGCUUGAAAAGGAGAAUGAAAAUACCAAAAGAGAAUGUAUUAAAGACAUCCUGACCAAACAUCUAGUGGAGCUCUCUAGAUUGGCAAGAACUGCUAAAAAUACACAGCUUCCAGAAAGAGCUAUGUUUCAGAUCAAACAAUACAAUCCAACGGGAUAUGGAGUGUCUGAAUGGCAACUAGAAGAAGCUCAGGUUUUCUGGGCUAAAAAGGAAGAGAGUCUUGCACUGAAUAUUCUUAAAAGGAUGAUAAAAAAAUUAGAUGCAGAUUGGUUUCAGCAUGAUCCUCAUCUGAAACUGAUGUAUACAGAGUGUCUGAGGCUAUGCGGAACCUGGUUAGCAGAAACAUGCUUGGAAAACCCUACAGUCAUCAUGCAGAAAUACUUAGAAAAGGCUGUGGAAAUUGCUGCAAGCCACAGUGGAGACAGCAGUGACGAGCUGAAGAAAGGAAAGAUGAAGGCUUUCCUGUCUUUGGCUCGUUUCUCAGAUAAUCAGUACCAGCGAAUUGAGAAUUACAUGAAAUCCUCAGAGUUUGAAAAUAAGCAGGCAUUACUGAAGAAGGCCAAGGAGGAGGUUGGCCUCAUAAGGGAGCGCAGAGUUCAGACAAAUAGAUAUACAGUGAAGGUUCAGCGAGAACUUGAACUGGAUGAAUGUGCCAUACAUGCCCUAACUGAGGAUCGUAAACGUUUCUUGUGUAAAGCAGUGGAGAACUACAUCAGCUGUUUACGAAGUGGAGAAGAACAUGAUAUGUGGAUCUUCCGACUCUGUUCCCUGUGGCUUGAAAAUUCUGGAGUUGAUAGAGUCAAUGAAAUGAUGAAGAAAAAUGCAGAGAAGAUCCCUUCAUACAAGUUUUUGCCUCUGAUGUACCAGCUGGCUGCUCGGAUGGGAACCAAGAUAAUGGGUGGUUUAGGAUUUCAUGAAGUUCUCAAUAAUCUAAUGUCUAGAAUUUCACUGGAUCAUCCACAUCAUACUUUGUUUGUAAUAUUAGCUUUGGCAAAUGCUAACAAAGAUGAACUCCUCACAAAACCAGAUGCAAUAAGAAGAAAUAAGUUAAUUAAAAAUGCACCAAAAGAAAUCUCCCAGCUUGAUGUGGACAGAAUGGAGGCUGCUAGCAAUAUAAUCAAUGUCGUAAGAAAAAGGAGAGCUCAUAUGGUUAGAGACGUUGAAGCACUUUGUGAUGCUUACAUCACACUAGCAAAUGUAGAUGCUACUCCAUGGAAAUCUCAAAGAAAAGGAAUAAGUAUUCCAGCUGACCAGCCAAUUAUUAAACUGAAGAACUUGGAGGAUGUUGUUGUUCCUACCAUGGAAAUUAAGGUGGAUCCCACAGGACGAUAUGAAAAUUUGGUGACAAUAAGGUCUUUUAAGCCAGAAUUUCGGUUAGCAGGAGGCCUGAAUCUGCCUAAAAUAAUAGAUUGUGUAGGAUCAGAUGGUAAAGAAAGGAGGCAGCUGGUUAAGGGGCGUGAUGACCUGAGACAAGAUGCUGUUAUGCAGCAGGUUUUCCAGAUGUGCAAUACAUUGCUCCAGCAAAACACUGAAACACGAAAGAGAAAAUUAACUAUCCGAAGAUACAAGGUGGUUCCCCUUUCUCAGAGAAGUGGUGUUCUUGAGUGGUGCUCGGGAACAACUCCCAUUGGGGAGUUUCUUGUGAAUGUCGAAGAGGGAGCUCACAAGAGAUACAGGCCACAAGAUUACUCAGGUUAUCAGUGUCAGAAAAUAAUGAUGGAUGCACAAAAGAAACAUUUUGAAGAGAAAUACAACAUCUUCAUGACAGUCUGCGAGAACUUUCAGCCUGUGUUUCGUUACUUCUGCAUGGAAAAAUUCCUGGAUCCAGCUGUGUGGUUUGAAAAACGAUUGGCAUACACUCGCAGUGUGGCUACAUCUUCUAUAGUUGGCUACAUUCUUGGACUUGGAGACAGACAUGUUCAGAAUAUCUUGAUAGAUGAACAAACGGCAGAACUAGUGCAUAUAGAUCUGGGGGUUGCUUUCGAGCAAGGUAAAAUCCUUCCUACACCAGAGACUGUUCCAUUUAGAUUAACCAGGGACAUUGUGGACGGAAUGGGUAUUACUGGCGUGGAAGGAGUCUUCAGAAGAUGCUGUGAGAAAACAAUGGCUGUUAUGAGAAAUUCUCAAGAAGCUUUGCUGACUAUUGUAGAGGUGCUGCUUUAUGAUCCUCUUUUCGACUGGACCAUGAACCCCUUGAAAGCUUUGUAUUUGCAGCAGAGACCAGAGGAUGAGGCUGACAUGAGCUCUACACUCAAUGCUGAUCCACAAGAAUGUAAAAGAAAAGCCAGUGAUGACCAGAGCUUUAACAAAGUGGCUGAGCGUGUUCUGAUGAGACUUCAGGAGAAGCUGAAAGGUGUUGAGGAGGGAACAGUGCUCAGUGUGGGAGGGCAGGUGAACCUCCUCAUACAGCAGGCCAUGGACCCUAAAAAUCUGAGCCGACUCUUUCCUGGAUGGAAACCCUGGGUGUGA